AUGACCGUGAACUAUAUGAGAGAUGCAGCCACCGUCAGGGUGGGUACCUUCAUAAGGUUGUUGUUCCGUUGGAGAGGCAGUGUGUGGAAAAUUAUAUGGAAAGAACUCACUAUUUACCUUUUCUUCUACUUCAACAUAUGUGUGGUGUACCGAUUUUUCUUGAAAGGAAACGAAUACGGUAGAAUAUUCGAACGUCUGGUCAGACAUUGUCGUUCGUUAUCACGUGAAGCUGCCACAGUCCUUUCGUUCGCAAUGGGAUUCUAUGUGUCACAAAUUUCAGAC